AACGGGCUGUUUCCGGCGCGGCACUUCCGGCCCGGCCCGGCCCGGCAAUUUUAGGAGAUGGCUCGGGUGCCGGCGGGGCGCGAGGUUUCUCCGGCUUCUCGGUCUCCGUUCGCGCUGUCUCCGAGCCCCAGCGCCGCCCUCCGGAACCCGAGACUCCGCGCCGCCGCGCCUCCUGCCUCCCGCCCCGCCAGACCCCAUCGGGCUCCUUAAACAGCUCGGUGCUUGAGGUCCCUCUGUGUCCCCAGCGCCUCUGGACCCGAGUCCCCGGGCCCCGCGGCCCUCUGCCUCCUCCCCGGAGGCCACUGUGUGGACGGUGGGGACCGCCUCACGCGCUUCCCUGCCGGGACUGACUGACCGAAGGUCCAGUGACCGUCCAGAUCUGACUGUUGGGGGGAUGGAGAGGUGGCCUGGGCUACGACUGACCAAAAGGCAAACAUGGGACUGACCAGCCUCAGGGCAGCCACGGCGCCUUCUGACCACCCCACUAGGGCGAUGGAACUUGCCUAUUAGACUAACAGUGGACUGCCCUGACUGGCCAGCCCAGGCCUAAGCGGUUUUGGGGGACUCAACCAGGGUGAAGGAUCUGAACUGACGGUUCACCCCAGGCUGACCUGGCAAGCCGACUUCACUGACCUCCUGUCCCCACUACCCGUGCAGCCAUGGAGAAGAUGUCCCGAGUGACCACGGCCCUGGGUGGCAGUGCACUGACAGGCCGCACCAUGCACUGCCACCUGGAUGCGCCGGCCAACGCCAUCAGUGUGUGCCGGGACGCGGCCCAGGUGGUCGUGGCAGGCCGCAGCAUCUUCAAGAUCUAUGCCAUCGAGGAGGAGCAGUUUGUGGAGAAGCUGAACCUGCGUGUGGGCCGCAAGCCCUCGCUCAACCUGAGCUGCGCUGAUGUGGUCUGGCAUCAGAUGGAUGAGAACCUGCUGGCCACAGCAGCCACCAAUGGCGUGGUGGUCACAUGGAACCUGGGCCGGCCAUCUCGCAACAAGCAGGACCAGCUUUUCACAGAGCACAAGCGCACGGUGAACAAAGUCUGCUUCCACCCCACUGAGGCCCACGUGCUGCUCAGUGGCUCCCAGGACGGCUUCAUGAAGUGCUUCGACCUCCGCAGGAAGGACUCUGUCAGCACCUUCUCCGGCCAGUCUGAGAGUGUGCGGGACGUCCAGUUCAGCAUCCGGGACUACUUCACCUUCGCCUCCACCUUUGAGAAUGGUAACGUGCAGCUCUGGGACAUUCGGCGGCCUGACCGCUGUGAGAGGAUGUUCACGGCCCACAAUGGGCCUGUCUUCUGCUGUGACUGGCACCCCGAGGACAGGGGCUGGCUGGCCACAGGUGGGCGUGACAAGAUGGUGAAGGUCUGGGACAUGACCACGCACCGCGCCAAGGAGGUGCACUGUGUGCAAACCAUUGCCUCAGUGGCCAGAGUCAAGUGGAGGCCUGAGUGCCGGCACCACCUGGCUACGUGCUCCAUGAUGGUGGACCACAACAUCUAUGUGUGGGACGUGCGCCGGCCCUUCGUGCCAGCCGCCAUGUUCGAGGAGCACCGAGACGUCACAACAGGCAUUGCCUGGCGCCACCCGCAUGACCCCUCCUUCCUGCUCUCCGGCUCCAAGGACAGCACGCUGUGCCAGCACCUGUUCCGUGAUGCCAGCCAGCCUGUUGAGCGUGCUAACCCUGAGGGCCUCUGCUAUGGCCUCUUUGGGGACCUGGCCUUUGCCGCCAAGGAGAGCCUCGUGGCCACCGAGUCGGGGCGCAAGCCCUAUGCUGGUGACCGGCGCCACAUCUUUUUCAAGCGCAAGCUGGACCCUGCUGAGCCCUUUGCGGGCCUCGCCUCCAGUGCCCUCAGUGUCUUUGAGAUGGAACCUGGCAGUGGCAGCAUGAGCUGGUUUGUGGACACGGCUGAGCGUUAUGCCCUGGCUGGCCGGCCGCUGGCUGAGCUGUGUGACCACAAUGCAAAAGUGGCUCGGGAGCUUGGCCGCAACCAGGUGGCGCAGACGUGGACCAUGUUAAGGAUCAUCUACUGUAGCCCUGGCCUGGUGCCCACCCCCAACCUUAACCACAGCGUGGGCAAGGGCAGCUCCUGUGGCCUGCCGCUCAUGAACAGUUUCAACCUGAAAGAUAUGGCCCCAGGGCUGGGCAGCGAGACCCGGCUGGACCGCAGCAAGGGUGACACUCGGAGCGACACAGUGCUGCUCGACUCCUCGGCCACACUCAUCACGAACGAGGAUAACGAGGAGACUGAAGGCAGCGACGUGCCUGCGGACUACCUGCUGGGUGACGUGGAGGGCGAGGAGGAUGAGCUCUAUCUGCUGGACCCGGAACACGCCCACCGUGAGUGGGGGCGGGGCUGGGAGGCGGGGUUCGCAGGUGGGGCCCAGGCUCAGACCCUGCCUCCCCCGCCCCUGCCUCGCAGCCGAGGAGCCCGAGUACGUGCUGCCCCAGGAGGCCUUCCCGCUGCGCCACGAGAUUGUGGACACGCCACCCGGGCCCGAGCACCUGCAGGACAAGGCCGACUCGCCCCACGUGAGCGGCAGCGAGGCAGAUGCGGCCUCCCUGGCGCCGGUGGACUCCUCCUUCUCGCUCAUCUCCAUCUCGCAUGCACUCUACGACAGCCGCCUGCCGCCCGACUUUUUCACUGCCCUGGUGUGCGACAUGCUGCGUUUCUACGCCGAGCAGGGCGACGUUCAGAUGGCCGUGUCUGUGCUCAUUGUGCUGGGCGAACGCGUGCGCAAGGACAUCGACGAGCAGACCCAGGAGCACUGGUACACGUCCUACAUCGACCUGCUGCAGCGCUUCUGCCUCUGGAACGUGUCCAACGAAGUGGUCAAGCUGAGCACCAGCCGCGCCAUCAGCUGCCUCAACCAGGCCUCCACCACCCUGCACGUCAACUGCAGCCACUGCAAGCGGCCCAUGAGCAGCCGCGGCUGGGUCUGCGACCGGUGCCACCGCUGCGCCAGCAUGUGCGCCGUCUGCCACCACGUGGUCAAGGGGCUCUUCGUGUGGUGCCAGGGCUGCAGCCACGGCGGCCACCUGCAGCACAUCAUGAAGUGGCUGGAAGGCAGCUCGCACUGCCCCGCGGGCUGCGGCCACCUGUGCGAGUACUCCUGACGGCCGGCCGGCGGGUGGGGCUGGGAGUGUCAACCAAUAAAGGACGCGGAGCCGCAGUGUGAGGCCACCUGUCACCGUCCGAAGGCUGUCCGCGAGCCUGGCCACGCGGGGGGAGGGGCGGCGGGGCAGGGUCGCCAUGGGAACUAGCAGUAGCCAAUAGUGGCGCUUGGUGCGACCUUCGCUCCGCCUUCCGGAAACACCCCUCCUAGGGCGG